AUGUACGUGGUAGUCGUCUGGCCCAGCCGGCUGACCGUCCUGUCGCGUGCCCGUUGCCUCCAGGCGCUGGGAGGCACCAGCGCCAUCAACGGCAACCUGCUGCUGCGCGGGCGCCCGUGCUUCUACGACGCGUGGGCGGCGGCGGGCAACGCGGGCUGGCGCUACGACGACGUGCUGCCCCUCUUCAGGCGGAUGGAGAGCUUCCAGGACGAGCGGCUGCUGCAGGCACACCCGCGCCUGGCGCGCCUCCACGGCCGCGGCGGCCCCCUCAGCGUGCGCCCGCACGGCUUCCACUCGCCGCUGGGCCCGGCCUUCCUGCAGGCGUACCAGCAGAUGGGGUGGCGGCGCCUCGCGGACCUCAACGGCGACGGGGUGUUCGGGACGGGCGUUGCACACGGAACCAUCGUCAACGGGUCCCGCUGCAGCGCCGCCAAGGCGUACCUGAGCCCCGCGCGGGGGCGCGCCAACCUGCACGUGGUGAAGCAGGCGCUGGCGCACCGCGUGGUGGUGGCGGCGGAGGGGGGCGUGCGGCGCGCCGCGGCGGUGCGCUUCCGGCGGGCGGGCGAGGCCGGCGCGCGCGAGGUGGCGGCGCGCAGGGAGGUCGUCGUGAGCGCCGGCGCCGUCAACUCCCCGCAGCUGCUCAUGCUGUCGGGCGUCGGGCCCAAGGAGCAACUCGACAGGUUCGGCAUUCCGCUGGUGGCAGACCUGCCAGUGGGCGAAAAUCUGCAGGAUCAUCUGGCGUACCUAGGCCUUCUCAUUUCUUUGGAUGACGUGCUCAAUGUGGAUCUCAACGAAGCUUUCUAUCUCCUGCUCAAGAAUCGCACGGGACCACUCACCAGCAACGACCUCUUGUCAGUCACGACCUACAUCAACACUGAAAGUGCUCCAGGCAAAGAAGACGAAGCCAGAGACUGCCCCGACGGGCAGCUCUUCCACGCAGCGUUGCCCAAGGGCGACGCGUCGGCGGUGACCAGCGCUUUCAACCUGGGCGACGAGGUGGCGCGGCAGGUGCAGGACGUCGUCUCCCGGCGCGACAGCGUCCUGGUGUUGGCAACCCUGCAGCGCCCGCACAGCCGCGGCUCCGUGCGCCUGCGCAGCGCAGACCCCAGCGAUGCGCCGGCCAUCACCACCAACUACCUGAGCGACCCCAGGGACCUGCAGGCGCUGCAGGCGGUCGUCGAGGUAGCCGCUCGCCUCGCGGAGACGGAGGCCCUGAAGGCGCUGGGCGCGCGCCUGGAGGAGAUCGUGCCGCCGGGCUGCGAGGACCUGCCGUUCGCGACGCGCGACUUCUGGCGCUGCGCCGUGCCGCAGCUGACGGGCACGCUCUUCCACCCGGCGGGCACCUGCAAGAUGGCGCCGGCCCACGACCCGGGCAGCGUGGUGGACGCGCGCCUGCGGGUGCGCAGGGUCAAGGGGCUGCGCGUGGCCGACGCCUCCGUCAUGCCCACCGUCGUGGGCACAGCGCCCAACGCCGCCGCCAUCAUGAUCGGCGAGAAGGCCGCGCACAUGAUCAAGGAGGACUGGAACGAGGCCUAGGCACAGCCGCUCAUUCAUCGCCAAAUUGCGUGAAUGGCGUGAAUACAUUUUGUCGCAGUAUGAACACUUCAUGAUUUUAUUCACAAGUAAUGUCUCUGGAGUCAAUCAGCUAUAGAUGAUUUUCAGCCGUUGUAGUGCUUGUUUUGUAAGGUUUAAUUAGUUUUGUAAACUUUUCACAACUUCUAAUUAUACAAUUACAGUAAAAAGGAAGUACGUGUGCAAGGUGUCAUAGCAAUCUCGCCUCCAUCGUGUCUCAUGGGAAUGACAUUGUACCCGCGAUAUUCUGACUUUGAACCCUUAACUUCGAUAAGAUGUUCGGUGGAAUGGUGAGGUUUAUCAGAAACAACCGGGUGACCAUUAUCACCAGAGUCAAGUAAAUAAAUGGCAACAUCGCGCACAUUUGAGUACUGUGACAGUACACAGUCGCGGUUUGGCUCAGUUUCCAAAGAAUACAUGUCUCAGGCGGGUAGCAACAAUUUUCAACCAUUGUCCCAGUCGUUUCGAAAGUUGCAUUAUUUUAAGCAAAAUUUCAUAGCAUAAAUUCAAAAAACAGUAAUCAUUUUUCACAAGACUGUAAAUAUAUGAACAGACAGCAUUGUCGGUCAAACGUUACUGUGGUUAUUAAUAUUAAAUAUUCUCAGUUUCGAAUUUAAAUAGUAUACUGUGGAAUAUUACAAGAAUGAGGAAGGUGAUAAUUAUUAAUCUUAGGAAAGAUUGAAAGACAGGUAGACAUUCACAAUCAACGAUUGCAAGAUACCAAUGGAUGUAUAUAGUCAUGAAUGUAUUGAAAUUUCUUGAGAUUACAAAGAAAGAGAACUAUUAUUGGGCAAAUAUAAUUUUGUUUAAAGGUAAUAAAACAC